AUGCCCGGGCCGCCGCGCCCCUGGACGCAGGUCCCGCCGCCGCCGCUGCCGCUGGUGCUGCUGGUGCUGGCGGCCUGCGGGGGCCGCACCGCGCCCGCUCCCCGCGCCGAGGACCUCAGCUUGGAGGUGGAGUGGCUGAGCAAGUUCGGGUACCUGCCCCCCGCGGACCCCGCCACCGGGCAGCUGCAGACGCAAGAGGAGCUGAGCAAGGCCGUGGCCGCCAUGCAGCGCUUCGCGGGCCUGGAGGCCACCGGGGUCCUGGACGUGGCCACCCGGGCGAGGAUGAGAACCCCGCGCUGCUCCCUGCCCGACCUCCCGGCCCCGGCUCGGAGGAGGCGCCAGGCUCCGGCCCCGACCAAGUGGAGCAAGAGGAACCUUUCGUGGAGGGUCCGCACGUUCCCGCGGGACUCGCCCCUGGGCCGCGACACGGUGCGGGCGCUCAUGCACUACGCCCUCAAGGUCUGGGGCGACAUCACGCCCCUGAACUUCCACGAGGUGGCGGGCAGCGCGGCCGACAUCCAGAUCGACUUCUCCACGGCCGACCACAACGACCGCUACCCCUUCGACGGCCCCGGCGGCACCGUGGCCCACGCCUUCCUCCCCGGCGACCACCACACCGCGGGGGACGCCCACUUCGACGACGACGAGGCCUGGACCUUCCGGUCCUCAGACGCCCACGGCAUGGACCUGUUCGCGGUGGCCGUGCACGAGUUUGGCCACGCCAUCGGGCUGAGCCACGUGGCGGCCACGCAGUCCAUCAUGCAGCCCUACUACCAGGGCCCGGUGGGCGACCCGCUGCACUACGGGCUCCCCUACGCGGACCGGGUGCGCGCCUGGCAGCUGUACGGCGUGCGGGAGUCCGUGUCCCCCACGGCACAGCUGGACACGGCCGAGCCUGAGGAGACCCCCCUCCUGCCGGAGCCCCCUGACCACCGUCCCAGCACCCCGCACGUGCCCGGGAAGGACGUGCCUCACAGGUGCAGCGCCCACUUCGACGCGGUGGCGCAGAUCCGCGGCGAGGCAUUCUUCUUCAAAGGCAGGUACUUCUGGCGGCUGAACCGGGACCGGCACCUGGUGUCGCUGCAGCCGGCGCAGAUGCACCGCUUCUGGCGGGGCCUCCCGCCGCACCUGGACGGCGUGGACGCCGUGUAUGAGCGCACCAUCGACCACAAGAUCGUCUUCUUCAGAGGAGACAGAUACUGGGUGUUCCAGGACACGCACGUGGAGGAAGGCUUCCCCCGGCCCGUCUCGGACUUCGGCCUCCCGCCGGGCGGCGUCGACGCUGCCUUCUCCUGGGCCCACAGUGACAAGACUUAUUUCUUUAAGGACCAGCUGUACUGGCGCUACAAUGAGCUCACUCGGCGCAUGGACCCCGGCCACCCGGCCCGCAGCCCCCCGUGGAGGGGCGUCCCCAGCACGCUGGACGAUGCCAUGCGCUGGUCCGACGGGGCCGCCUACUUCUUCCGCGGCAGGGAGUACUGGAAGGUGCCGGACAGCGAGCUGGCCGUGGCGCCCGGCUACCCGCAGUCCACGGCCCGGGACUGGCUGGUCUGCAGAGACCCACAGGCCGACCCCGAGGGCGGGGGCGCGGAGGGAGAGGCGGGGGCCCACGCCCCGCCCGGCCAGCACGACCGCAGCCACGCGGAGGACGGCUACCAGGUGUGCGCCUGCAGCUCCCUGGCCGCCCGCCCGCCCGGGCCCGCGGGCUCCCUGCUGGCCACCGCGCUGCUGCCCCCGCUGGGCCUCCUGCGGCGAGGGGCCCGGGCCCUGGCGCUCUGAGAGGCGCCGCCAGAGGACAGACAGACGGACGGUCACGGCCCAGGGCCACGGGGGCAGGGAUGAUGCUGCAGCCUCCAGCACCCGAAGCAGGAGCCCCGGGACCCGGCCUGGCAGCCCUGAGCAGAGCCCAGGUCAGCCUCCCGGACGGAGGGGCGGCCCCUGGCCGUCAGCACUGACGCGUGGACACAGGAGCUCCGGCCCCUGCUUUGCAGCCUCCGCCGCCAGCCCCACUGCCUGCUGGGAGGAGUCCGUCCAGGAGACGCCGUCACGGCCGGCCGCCGGGUGGGGACGGGGGACGGGAGAUGCCGUUCUUCCUGCCGCGGAGGCUCCACUGAUGGGCCGGCCAGGCCUCCCUCCGGCCUGAGAGCAGAGCCCACAGCUUCACCACCCCCAGCGCGUCCACACUGCCCCCUGGUCCCUGGUGCUUCUGUCCUUCUGUCCACCUGUCCCAGAGGGCAGCCCCCAAUGCUCAGACGAGCUCCCCCGUGCUGGGGCCCCCGCUGGACUCCCUGUGACGCCGACAGACAGACACGACCUCGCUGCUUCCUGGCCGCUCCGGCCCGGCGCCCUGAUGCCCUUCAGACGGGGCUGCAGCGGGGGCCGUCCUGGAGGCCUGGACCCGGGCCCCCUGCCCUCAGAUGGAGGGGCUUCCAGGAAGGUCUGCGUGGGGGUCACACCCUCCCCUCGGGGUCACGAGCUCCGUUCUGCCCAGCACUUCCUGGAUGACUCCGUGUCCCGGAGCGAUCACACCCAUUUCACAGAUGGGCCAGUGGAGGCCGGCCAGGAAACGGGCCUCCUGCCGGCAGCUCAGGCCGUCGGGUCUCAGGUGUGAUGAAGCCGGUGGAUGGAGGACUUGCCCGUGCGUGUGGGACGUGCAGAACGAGAUGCUGCCUCCUGUUGGUCUUGGGAGGCCCCUGGGCGUGGCUGCCAACCGUGCCAACCGCGCCUGCUGCCCACAGGGCAGGGAGCCCUUCACCCCGUUCCUGGGCCGGGAGGGGCCUCCUCACACCUGGAGCCAUCGGGAUUCUGUUAGGAAGAGGCCAGUCGCCGAGGAGCAAGAGGCUGCCAGGGGGGCUCAGGGGGAACGUGCGGGGGGCUGGUUCACGGCAGGAGCCCCCCCCACACACAGUGUGAAGUCAGCUGCUUUGGGGGCUCAGGGAAGGCCACCUGAGCAGGAACAGGGAGGGGGUGGUCUCACAGGAGGGGGGGCCCCC